GAUCUCCACAAACACAAGCACUGCUUCUUACAGGUGGAUGUGAACGUUUCUUUCUGUUUUUACUCAUGUUUUCCACCAUGAGACACGGACAGUGAUUUAUCAGGAAACAGGUUGUUAGGAAUUCAUCUGAAGUGCAGUUUCAUCCACAAUCACAAUGGACCCAAGGAGGAAAAUGUGGUCUAAUCUCCGGGAGAGAGCAAAGCCUGUGCUAAAUCUGAAGAUCGGAAAGAAGAAGAAGAAAACCCCUCUGAAAUACCGGAGGAGCAUGUCAGUACCAGACCUCAGGUUUAACCCCCGCGCCAUGAUGGCUUUACAGGAUGAGUCCAGCACACCGAGUCACACCUCUGCCUUCUUUGAUAACACAGACGGUUUAGGUGACAUAGAUGAUGUAGCUAGUGAAACCUCCAGCGUAGCAUUAUCUGAGCGUUUCAGUGUAGCUGACUUCCCGUGCGUCUGCAGCCCAGCGCCAUCAGAAAGAUCAGCUCCUGUUGACUUCCCAGUUUCAGCGGAAACCGAUAAACGUCAAAGAGCCACUACAUGGUACUUCGAGGAUUCGGAUUCAGUGACUGGAGUCACACCUCCAUUUGCAGAACUACAGAUGACAGCUGGUCAUGCUGAGAGGAGGCCAAAGGAGUCCUCAGAUAAACUAGGCAGAGCUCGGGCUUUAGAUGACAUGUCUAUUUCAUCUGAGGAGAAAGCUUGGCCUACUGAGCAUGAGCCGUCCUCUCCUUUGUCUAUGUUCGUUGUAGGAUCAGCUGAGUACUUGGACGCUCCUAACGAAACCAGUGACUUUGAUGAUCUGUCAGAAUAUGAAAGAAACAUCUCAGGAGGGUUAAUGGAGAGUCAAAGUGCUGCAGGUCUACAAAAGCUCCAGUAUCUUCUCACCAUCAAUCUAAAGGAAGGCAGAAACCUGGUUGUCAGAGACCGUUCAGGUACGAGUGACCCAUUUAUCAAAUUCAAGUUAGAUGGCAAGCACAUCUACAAGAGCAAAGUUGUGAACAAGAACUUGAAUCCCACAUGGAAUGAAUCAUUUUCCUUGCCUGUCAGAGAUCUCGAUCAGACUCUUCAUCUCAAGGUGUAUGAUCGUGAUCUAAGAUCCAAUGACUUCAUGGGAUCAAGCAGCUUUCCUCUCAAUAAACUGGAGCUGGACAGGAUGGUUCUGAUGACGCUGUCUUUGGAGGACCCCAACAGUGAGGAGAGCGAUAUGGGAGUGAUCAUUAUAGAGGCCUGUCUGUCCAUCCGAGAGGAACCGGCCAAACGAAAUAAGUGGCUCCUAAGAAGAAAGGGAUCCUUCAAUAAGGGUCAGCCGAUAAGCCAGGCGCAGUUCGGGCGGUUCACGAAGAGUCAGGUUUGGUCAGGCGUUUACACUGUUAUCCUGGUGGAAGGACAGGACAUGCCGGACUGCGGACAGGGAGACGUUUACGUCCGCUUUAGACUUGGAGACCAGCGGGUCAGGAGCAAGAAUCUGUGUAUUAAGGCAAACCCGCAGUGGAGGGAGUCCUUCGACUUUAACCAGUUCCAGGAUGCGCAGGAAAAUCUGGUGGUGGAAGUUUGCUGCAAGAGGGGCAGGAAGUCAGAGGAGUGCUGGGGAGUACUGGAUAUUGACCUGAGCAGACUUCCUGUCAAUCAAAAACAGUUAUAUACUCAUGAGCUGGACCCACAGAAGGGAAAACUGCUGUUUUUGGUCACCCUGACCCCAUGUUCAGGUGCGUCCGUCUCAGACAUCCAGUCUGCUCCAUUGGAUAACCCUAAUACCUUCGAGAGGCUGCGUGAGCAAUAUAGACCGAUGAACGUUCUUGGAGACUUAAAAAAUGUCGGCUUUCUUCAAGUCAAGUUAAUAAGAGCCACAGAUCUUCCAUCCACAGAUAUAAGUGGUAAAAGUGACCCUUUCUGUACCCUUGAGCUGGGUAACAGCAAACUGCAAACUCACACCAUAUGCAAAACACUGAAUCCUGAAUGGAGAACAGCCCUGACUUUCCCCAUUAGGGACAUCCAUGACGUUUUGGUGCUGACAGUCUAUCAUGAGGAUGGAGAUAAAGCUCCAGACUUCCUGGGAAAAGUCGCCAUUCCUUUGUUGACUAUUUCUAAUGGCCAACAAAUAACCAGAAUGUUGAAGACUAAUAAUUUAUCAAGGGCAAACAAAGGCAGCAUCACACUUGAGUUGAAAGUCCUCUACAACCCUAUCAAAGCAGGAAUCAAAACCUUCCAGCCAAAAGAAACUACGUUUGCGGAGGAAAAUCCCAAGUUUAACAAAAAGCUUUUAGCACGUAAUAUCUAUCGAGUGAGGAAGAUCAGCAUGGCCAUUCUCUAUACGCUGCAGUAUAUUAAAAGCUGCUUCCACUGGGAGAACACGCAGAGGAGUAUUACAGCCUUCCUGAUAUUUCUGGUGACAGUAUGGCUUUGGGAGCUGUUCAUGCUGCCUCUCUUCCUCCUCCUGCUCAUUGGCUGGAACUACUUCCACAUCACACCAGGCAUGGCCAGCUACAGUCAGGACUUGGAGCACAUGUCGGUGGCUGAGGACGAGGACGAGGAUGAAAAGGAAUCAGAGAAAAGAGGACUGAUGGAAAAAAUCCACAUGGUUCAAGAAAUUGUGCUUACAGUUCAGAGCACUUUAGAUGAAGUGGCUUGCAUUGGGGAAAGAGUGAAAAACACGUUCAACUGGUCAGUCCCGUUCUUGUCAUUGUUGGCCUGCCUGGUUCUGCUUGUGGCGACUGUCGGCUUGUACUACAUCCCGCUGCGCUACAUAGUUUUACUGUGGGGUGUUAACAAAUUUACCAAGAAGCUUUUCAACCCAUAUGCCAUUGACAAUAAUGAAAUGCUGGAUUUCCUCAAGAGGGUGCCUUCUGAUGUUCAAAAGGUGCAGUACAGCGAGCUGAGAGCCGAGCUUGGCAACCAGGGCCCGGUGAAGAAGAAACGCGGGCGCUGAAACCUGACGGACAUGUCGGAUGAAAGGGACGGACGGCUUUUGGAGAGACAGUCUGUUUAAGUCAUAAUGCCCUG